AUGAUUCUCUCUGCUUUCUCUCCUCUUGUCCUGCUGUCUAUGUACUUCAUUCCUUUUUCUUUCCUCUCUCUUUCGUUUCGGACUCUCGCGGACCUUUCGACUUGCACUUUCCUUUGUUUCAUUACUGCUUUUCUUUCCUUUCUGGACUGCCUGUCUGCGUCAACCUGCUUCGGACUUUCGGUCCUUACUCUCGAGUCCGUCACCGCCAUCCUUUCUCGACACCGGUCUUUUUGUUCGUUUCGUUCGGUCUGUCGACGUCCGCCGACUAACAUCUCAAAAGACAAACGCCCGCGGUUCACAACCGUACUGUCGUUCAUUCAUUCAUCGAGUCACCCUAUAGAAGACGAGGCUACAAAACACCCCCCAAAAGCUGUUCAUUUGCUGUUUCUUUUUGUGUACGAUAUCGAACUGUUCUUUCUCCUUUCUCCUUUCUCCUGGUCUUUCCCUUCUAUUUCUGUCCUCGCCGUUGUUGCUUUCAUCCGCCCAUUCACCCGUCCAUCUACCCCGCCUACCCCACCAUCUGACACCCGCACCUCUCCGUCUUUUUUAUUCGUCCUUCGCAAGCAACGCAUCCAUCUGUUCAUCCAUCCAUCCAUCAUUAUACCUCGUCGCCUCGUUACCCCGUCUGCUUCGCACUCACAAUACACUGUAGCCUUUCUGCUUUUUUCUUUCGCCUUUGCUUUGGCCUUUUCGUUUUUCUGCCCUUUCUUGUAUACUUUCGGCGCUCCUUCCAACCCUUCUUCAGUGACGAGGCAUGCUGUUCUUUUCUUCGCCAUUUUUUCACGGCUGUAG